AUGUUCAGACAAAAUUAGGUAUUAAUUAAAACAAUUAAAAUAAUUUUUUCAGUUUUUUUUAGUUUUCAAGUUCAGAAAUAAAAAGAGUUAUUUUUAUAAAUAUUGUUAUAAAAUAGUUUAGAAAUCCAAUUAAAUAUGGAGAAUUAGAUUGUAAAUUUUAAUUUAUAUUUAUAAAGAUUGAUGAUGCAGAAAGAGAUUAAAUAAUAAAAUAAUUGAAAUAAGUUUAAGGAAAUGAUGUAAAUAAUAAAUUUUGAAUAUUUUUAGAAAUGCAUUGAUUGUGGAAAAAAAAAUACUAAAUGGGCAUCCGUUACAUUAGGUUUAUUUUUAUGUAUAGAUUGUUCUGGUAAACAUAGAGAAUACGGAGUUCGUUAUACAUUUGCUAGGUUAAAAUAUGAUAUAAUUUUAGAUCUCUUACAUUAGAUUCUUGGUCUAGAAAAUAAAUUACAUUCUUACAAGUAGGAGGUAAUGAAAAAGCCUUGGAAUAUUUUUAAAGUGUAGGUUUAAUAGGUCCAGGAUGUAGUCAAAUUGAUUAUAAGAGUCCUUUAGUUGAAAAAUACAAAUAAGAACUUCUUAAAUAAGUACAAAGAUUAAGUGUAUUAGCCUUGUGUGAAGAAAAGCUGAACAUAAUUCGUCCAUCACUUAUUCCAAGUCCUGCUAAAAUUGUUCAAACAUCUGAAAAACCAGCUUAAAAUAAAGAAGAGGAAUCCCCAGUAAAAGAAUAAACAAAGAAUGUUUUUUAAAACAAUUUGUUAUAAGAAGAAGCAAUAGUAACAAAGAAAAGCAAUAAAAUUGUAUUCGCUGAUAAUGCCAAACCUCAGGCUGUUCAAGGAAAAGCUGUUUAAGGCAAAAAAUUAGCUGAUGUAGACUUUGAUUCUUUAUAAUUUGAUGAUCCAUUUUCAAAUCCAUUCAAUAAUGAUCCAUUCAAAUCUGAUUCAAAUAAUGCAGAAAUACCACAAUAAGAUGAACCAAAAGUGAUUAUUAAAUAAACUCAAUAACCAACUUAACCGAUUACAUAAACUAAUGAAACUUUAGAAAAAUUAAAAGACAAGAAUGUAAAAUCAAUUUCAUCUGAAACUUUAUUCUAAUCCUAAGAUAAGUAUUUAAUUAAUAAUUAUUAUCAUUAGUGAGUAAAACAAAUAAAAUAUUUAUAAAUUUAAUGGAUAGACUGCUAUUUCAAGUAAACAAUUUUUUGGAGAAAAAGAAGAGGAUUCAGAAGAUUCUUCAUAAAGUAUAUUUAAGUUUUAUUUUAGAAAUGGAUUAAUUCAAGAGCAUGUUUAAUUUUGCAACUGAAAAAACUAUGGAAACAUUUGGAACUGUUAAAGAAAAAGCUGGAGGCAUUUGGGAAAAUUUAAAAACCAGAUUCAAUAAAUAAUGAUAAAUUAUCAAUCAUUAUGUAAUAUAUUCAAUUAAAGGUGAU